AAAAUAGUUGGGUGCACCAAGCAUUUUUUCAUUCCUCUUAUCUCUCUUCUCUUCUGUAGCCGUCGACCACACGAACUGAGUCAUGGCCCCGCCAAAAAUCAUGCUCUGCGGCGACGUCUCCGGCCGUCUGACCCAGCUCUUCAAACGCGUCUCUUCGGUUAAUAAAGUCGCAGGUCCGUUCGACGCACUGCUGUGUGUGGGGCAGUUCUUCCCCAACGCGGCUGAGGAUUUGGAGGAGUUCAAUGGAUAUAUAGAUGGCCGCUCCAAAGUUCCUCUCCCAACGUACUUCAUUGGCGACUACGGGGUGGGGGCGCAAAAGAUCCUCCUGGCCAGUUCUAAGGAACCGGGGAAUCAAGGCUUUCAGAUGGAAGGGUUGAAAGUAUGCAAUAACUUGUUUUGGUUGAAAGGCAGUGGAAAGUUCAAUCUUCAUGGUCUAUCUGUGGCUUACUUAUCUGGUAGGAAAUCUGAAUCUGGUUCUCAAGUGGGCACAUACAGCCAAGAUGACGUUGAAGCAAUAAGAGCUCUAGCUGAGGAACCAGGAGUCAUGGACAUAUUCCUCACUCAGAUAAUCACUAAUGAAUGGCCCAGAGGAGUCACAACCAGAGCUUCUGCUUCUGCUAUUCCUCCAGGAAUUUCAGACUCAUCAGGCAGUGAUUCCACAGUGUCUGAACUGGUUGCAGAGAUAAAGCCUCGGUACCACAUAGCUGGAAGUAUGGGUGUAUUCUUUGAUCGUGAACCAUAUGCCAAUGUUAAUGCUGCACAUGUAACUCGAUUUCUAGGCUUAGCUUCUGUUGGAAAUAAAGAUAAACAGAAAUUCAUUCAUGCAAUUUCUCCUACUCCGGCAGCUUCAAUGUCUGAAGCUGAGUUAAGCACAAAACCACCAAAUACUACUUUAUCUCCAUAUGCUGACAAGGCUACCCCAACUGAGGGAUUAAAAAAAAGACACAGUGAUAAUACUCCUGAUUCACAGUAUUGGAGAUAUGAUGCUUCUCAAAAAAGACAAAAACAUGGAGACGGUGAUGCUGAUAGGUUGUGCUUUAAGUUUGUCUUAUCUGGAUCUUGUCCACAUGGGAAGAAAUGCCACUUUAGGCAUGAUGAAGAUGCAAAGGAACAGUACAUGAGGGGUGUGUGCUUUGACUUCCUUACCAAAGGGAAAUGUGAUAAAGAUCCAGAUUGCAAGUUCAAGCACACUUUACAAGAUGAAUCUGAUGUACCUCAAUCCAGAGUGGCAAUCUCCAACAGAUCAAGAGAAUGUUGGUUUUGCAUGUCAAGCCCUAAUGUGGAAUCACAUCUGAUUGUUAGUAUUGGAGAUUACUACUACUGCGCCCUUGCUAAAGGACCUCUAGUACCAGAUCAUGUGUUGAUUCUGCCUAUUGAGCAUGAACCUAACACCCUGUCUCUACCAUCUGAAUGUGAAGUGGAACUUGAGAGGUUUCAGAACAGUCUCAGGGCUUACUUCAGAAAGAAAGGAAAUGAAGCAGUUUUCUUUGAGUGGGUUUUUAAACGAGGAACUCAUGCCAAUCUCCAGGUAAUUCCUGUCCCAUCAGCCAGGGUGGGAGCGGUGCAAAACAUUUUCUAUUUGGCUGCUAAAAGAUUGGGGAUUGAUUUUACAAUCACCAAAGGAUUCAAAGGGCGGAAACUAUUGCGGACAGAGUUUGAUAAAUCUUCCAGCCUUUUUUAUGUGGAAGUUCCUGGAGAUAUAAUUUUAUCACAUGUUGUUGAGGAGAAUGAAAAAUUCCCUGCUCAGUUUGGGCGUGAGGUGUUGGCUGGCUUAUUGAAUAUGGCUGAUAGGGCUGACUGGAGGAAUUGUACAAUUUGCAAACAGGAAGAGAUUAGAAUGGUUGAAUCUUUCAAGAGUAGAUUUCUAGAAUAUGAUCCCAAUCAUUGAUUUGAAAGACAAGAACUCAGAAGCGCUCUGCUCACCUCAGGAAUAUUCAGAUCACCUUAAGAAUCCAACUAAGCAAGAUGGCCUUCCGCCUUGUUUGGUUGAUCCAUUGAUGAACUCAGUCUGAAGUUAGAACAGAAAGGCACUCUGUUGAACCCAGUGAUGAAACAGCAUUUCCGGUGUAUCACUAUCAUAGAAUUGUUCAUGGUUUAAUGAUCUUGUCUUCAUUCACUUCCUGAUUUUAUGUCAUUCCUAUUGGACAUAUGAGUCAGUAGAAUAUGUAUCUGUAUACUGGAAGUAUGAAAACCCAUAUAGCAGGCAAGCACAAUGGUUGGUUACUCAAUAGGUCUUGCAUUCGACCGACAGGGUCACUGAUCUUAAUGUGCUACGGGUGUGAAUCAAAUAUGAGUUACGGCUAGUGUGAUAUGUUUAACUCUGAUAGGUUUUUAUCACUGCAAGUGAUGAGAGUUUAUGGUAAAAUGGUGUCUUGAACAACCUUUGUUUGGCAUAGUUGUGGGCUUGUGGCCCUUGUGGAUAGAUUGGAUCUUUCUAAUUCUUUUAUGUUUUCAUAGUUUUUUGUUCUGGAUUGUGUUGUUUAGCCUGCUGGUCCUUAUUUUCUAACAUGUAUCUCCUACCUCACACAUGGUUUUCAGAUCAUCCAUUGCAAUUUCACCUUCACGCGUUGGAUAAUCCUCCCACCCAACUUGAUAUGGACAAAAUCCUGAAAAUUUUAGGACUAAAAAGGCGAUGGAUAGAUAUUAGAUAGGGGAUAAGGGUCAGUUUGGUCCUCAAAGUUGCAAAAAAGGCAUCAAAUAAGCCUUUAUAUAGAAGAUUUUGUCCGGACGUGCCAUUUGAGGUGGCUCCCGGUGGAAUUUUUUGAUGAAAUUUUUUGAGCAUCUUAUUCAUUAAGUCUAGUUUACUCAUACCAAAUUUCAGAUAAAAAUUCAAUGGGGAAGACAUUCAAAUGAAUUCUUGAAGAUAACUGUGCCGUUAAAAGCGCUGUUAUCUUCAAGAAUUGUUAACCGACUUAUUUCUUAAUAAAUUGGCCACUAUUGAUUUUUCUGUAGUUUCUAUAUACUUGUAUACAUACUUUUGUGUAGGACUGAAGGCACUUCACUCUCGUGCAUCGCACGGUGGGGCUAUCUAUUGGAACGGACCAAAAAGGAGAUGUGAAAAUCAUAACAAAUCUAGAGGCGUUAUUAUCUAUUUUUUAGAGAGAGUAAUUAUCUUUGUGUAAUGUGCAUGUCCUUUAAUUAGAAGUUUGUAAUCAAGAAUUAUGCUCAAACUUUAGAUUUUUAUUAUAAAUCUUUUUAAGACUAACCAUUGAUUUAAUCGUUGGAGUUUUAUUUUCUAAUUCGGACUCUAUACAUAUUGAAGAUUAAGAAUACAUAAUUUAGAGAUAUACAAUA